AUGUUCCAAAACGACCUGUCGUGCAAAUUGUACUGUGGCGUGCGCUCUCCUAGAAUAGCUUCUAAUGCGGGGUACAGCGAGGAUAGCGACUAUACCAGCGACCUCAAUUAUCCGGUGGGGCAACACGCCAACAGCUCCGCAUCUCAGUUCAGAGCCGCCGCUCACCAGCUUCCAACUCCUCAGCGCUCACUCGAGACGAGCAGGGAGAACUCGUACGAGACCGAAGAACCGCCGGCUCAGCCCCAGCAUCUACAGCAUGGACAUCACCUCAGCCCCGGUUAG